CUCUGACGCCCGAGUUUCAUCAGAUGAUACCACCCGCCGCCGUAGCCGUCGCCCGCUCCGCACAAGUUUCGCCACAUAACCAUUGGACAGCUCUUAUCAACGGGCGAUAGAACGCCGUCAGGAGUGUUUUUGACUCUUCUGUCGGACGUGCGACCACAUUGCAGGGCCAAAAAAAAGGGAAAAUUAGACCAAAAAAGGCAGCUGAGAGUAGUUUACCGUGUGAGACGUCAGUCUCUGAAUUCCCCAUAUAAACGCACCUCAGUGGAAAUUAUCUCCGAAUUUGCAUCGCUCUUGAGGAUUCUUAAUCUCUCCCCAAGUGACAAACAUGGCUGUGAACUUGGGCUUAGAUUUUGAUGUGGUCGUCGUAGGUGGUGGGCCUGUUGGUCUAUUAGUUGCAUACCAAAUGGCACGUUUCGGCGUGUCGGUGUGCGUGUUAGAGAAACAGGACAAAGAGACACAGGAUACCUUUGGACGGGCCAUUGCUUUGUUUCCACGCACAAUGGAACAGCUCGACCAGCUUGACCUAGCUAAUGCCAUGUUGCAAUUGGGAUUUGCAUGUCGGUCGAGCGUCACAUACAAGGAUGGAGUGGAACAAGUGCCGGGGCGGGUGUGGACGUUUAUGGAAAAUAUCAAGGGCACUGUAUUCGAUUUCGCACUGGUUCUCCGUCAGAGAUACACAGAGGCUAUUUUCCGGGAAAAAUUAAAGUCAGUGGGUGCGGUCUACUUUGCCUCUACUGAGUGCACUGGCUUUGAGGUGAACGACGCUGCAUCACUUGAUGAGUACGGUGUGAAAUCCUAUUGGGUCAAUACGAAGACUCAAGAGAAAAUGACGUUGAAGAGUAAAUACCUCGUAGGGGCUGAUGGAGGUCGUAGUUUUGUCCGAAGACAUGCGGAAAUCCCCUUUGAUGGCGAUACUUCUGAAGAUAAGUGGAUUCGAGUGGACGGUAUUAUCGACACCGAUAUGCCGAUAAAUCGUGCUUAUGGUGCGAUCGAAAGCAAAACACAUGGGAACGUUCUCUGGGCACCCCUCGACCACGGAGCGACGAGAAUCGGUUAUGCGUACACUUCGGAGAUUGCCGCCAGAUACCCCGAUGGAGUAACCGAAGAGGUAGUUGUGAAGGAAGCAAUCGAGUCCAUGAGUCCAUUCCAAGUUAAGUUUCGUGAGGUACACUGGUGGACACUGUACACUAUCGGACAGCGCAUGGCUCGUCAUUUCUCCACUAGAAAUCGAAUCUUUCUCUGUGGUGAUGCCGCGCAUACUCACAGUAGUGGUGCUGCGCAAGGAUUGAACACCGGUAUCCAUGACGCUGUGAACCUGGGUUGGAAGCUUGCCUUACAAGUCCGAGGUUUCACCAAGUCUGAGGUGCUGGAGACAUAUGGUCUGGAACGCAAGACAGCGGUUGAGAAGCUGAUAGACUACGACAAGGACAUAUCCCUCCUCAUGACGCACAAAUGGCCUUCUUGGUAUACAGGUGACAAGGCUGCUGACCCGUACUUGGUACUGGGGAAGAUUUUCGAGGAGACUACAUCUUUCAACACCGGCUUGGGCAUCUCUUAUUCGACAAAUGUUCUCAACCAGACUCCGUCUGUAGACAUCAGUGUCACGGCGGGCAGUCGUGCCUCUGAUGUUGAGCUGACGGUUCCCGGAAUCAACCAAAAGACGCGGCUACACCGUGUCGCACGCAACCAAGGGAAAUUCUGGGUCGUCGUGUUCGCCGGUAAAGUAGAAUCGACGAGCAGUGCACUCCAAGCACUGCGAAGUUUUCUUUAUGCCAACAAUAGACUCUAUCUUCACCCAGCUAUUGGAUGGAUUACAGUUAGUGCUUCUCUGGGCUGCUCGCCGUAUGAGGCAAUAGGCAUGGUUCCGUUUGGCGAUAUGUACUACGAUCCAGCCCAAGAGGCACAUGCUGAAUUUGGAAUUGACACGGCCGAAGGUGGCGUAGUAAUUAUCAGGCCAGAUGGAUUAGUUGGAUCCGGUUGUGGUAUAGACGGCGCAGCGAUCAGUAAAUACUUUUCAACCAUACUGAAAUUUACUAUAUAGCACUGUGAAAUAGAGGUAUGUUAUUAUUUAUGAUAAGAAUUUUAUUGUAAUAAAC